AAUAGUAAUACAGAGCAUCAAAACAGAGAGUUCAUCUUCACCUUCUAAUUUCGGGUUCCCAUUCCAAUACCCAAAUUGGUGAAACAAGAACGAAUGAACGAUCAAUGAUAUUGACAUAGGACCACGGAUUGCAUUUCAUUCAAUCUUUUCUUUCCUUUUUUUUCAUUAUUUUUUAGUGAAACAGGGGACCAUGGUAAAGUAGAAACAAACACACACGUCUCUGUAUCCAGUCUUCCCCUUCGUACACUUGGGAGGAAUCAUCAUCAUCACCGUCAUCGUUCAUGAUGUGAUAAUGGUUCCACUUUUGAAUUCACCCUCGUGUGUGGUUCUGCUAACGUUGUAUAUAUAAACGUGCGUAUGUACUUGCAUGAAUUGUCAAGGUUCAAGAAGAGUCAAAAACAGAGGAAACAGGGGAUGAUGGUGGAGAAGGAAGAGUGUGAGAGAAAAGAGAUGAAGGGAGAAACUGAGAUGAAACAAUCAAGGUUCAAGAGGAUUUGUGUGUUCUGUGGAAGCAGUCCUGGGAACAAGAGCAGCUAUAAGGAAGCUGCUAUUGAGCUUGGAAUGGAGUUGGUGUCAAGAAAUAUUGAUCUGGUUUAUGGAGGAGGCAGCAUUGGUUUGAUGGGCUUGGUUUCUCAGGCUGUUUAUGAUGGAGGUCGCCAUGUAAUUGGAGUUAUUCCCAGAACACUCAUGCCAAGAGAGAUUACUGGAGAGACAGUGGGAGAAGUAAAAGCAGUAGCAGACAUGCAUCAAAGAAAAGCAGAAAUGGCUAGACAAUCUGAUGCCUUCAUUGCCUUACCCGGUGGCUAUGGGACACUUGAGGAGCUUCUUGAGGUGAUAACUUGGGCUCAGCUUGGCAUCCAUGAUAAACCAGUGGGGUUGCUGAAUGUAGAUGGAUACUACAAUUCCUUGUUGUCUUUCAUUGACAAAGCUGUGGAGGAAGGUUUCAUUAGCCCCCAAGCUCGCCACAUAAUUGUAUCUGCCCCUUCAACAAAAGAGCUUGUAAAAAAGAUGGAGGAAUAUAUCCCACAACAUGAAAGAGUUGCCUCCAAACUAAGCUGGGAAAAUGAGCAGCUAGAUUACUCCUCAAAUUAUGAUAUCUCAAGGUGAUGAUUAGAUGACUGUGAAAGAAUCAGGGUAGUAGAGACAGUUGUUAGUUUAAUGGUUGAAGAGAUUACUGUUAUUGAGACUUAAGUUUAAUUUCCAGAAACUGGAAUUUCUUUUAUGCUCUUGCAUUUUUCUUGUUAGUGUAAACUAAACUGAGUACAAUCUAGUAGUGAAGCCAAAUUACUUUGUUCAAUGUGAAUUAUGGUUUUCUCAA